UCAUCGGCAAUCUCUAUAUACGGUCUGUCAUCGGUCAUGAAACUACUUAUAUGUCGAUGCAUCCACUUAAAGUGUGAGUAUGAUGUCAAAAAAUAUAAAAUUAGUGAUAGCAAAUAUCUCUUUUUCCUUCCGCGACAAGCUCCUGCUAAUCUAAGAAGACAGAAACCACUUCAAUGUGAGGAUUAUUUCAGCAAAAGGGUGAAUUAUGCAAAGGUCCAGUUUCAGAAGACGUACAUGUUCUAACCCCAGCUGCUGUAAGUUUGUAUACAUAACGGCUCCAAAAGACAUCAACAUCACGAAUAUCGAACUUGGUUCUUGCCCCACAAGACAGGAUAGACAGCUUUAUACGGUUUAUUACAACAAUAACCAAUCAAAGCAGACUCUGUAUGAGAAAAGUUGCUGUCAUGGCCACAUCUAUGUGAUAUAUGAUUAUCUUCACGAUGCAAGCCCAAGAACACCACUGCCACCAGCCAAAACAGGAAUACGAGCAGCGUCUUUAACCCCAGGGACCCCUUCCUUCACUGGUCCUUCAGAUGUCCCCAAGAACACUUUUGUACUGGUCACCAUUUUUGUGAGUUUAGCAUUGCUAAUUAUCCUGGGAGUCUGCGCACUGCUGUAUAGACGCUUCAGGAAAUCAAGGUCGGCACCGGUGGAAGAGUAUACAGACCAUUGCGAUUACUUAGUUAUUGAAGAAUCUCGAAUCACCACACAUAUCUACAGUGUUAUUGAGGCGACAAACGGAUCUUAUCCACAAGAAGAACACAAUCCGUACACAACAAACCUUAGUUCCACUACAACUUCCAUUCCUUGUCAUUCAAGUGAAUACGAAAGUGUUCAAAUGAAUACUGAACCCUUGCCAUUCAAGUGACUGAACCCUUGUCAUUCAAGUGAAUACGAAACUGUUCAAAUGAAUACUGAACCCGAAAAGCUGCGUUGUGGGGUACAUGUACCAUAGGCUGUUUAAAGAUCCAAUUUCCAUCAUCUUCUGCAUAAUAUUCAAUUUAAUGUUUGUUUAAGGAGGUUGGCACCUGAAAUAAUAGUAAUGUCAAUCAUUCGAAAACCACUUGGAUAUAAAGAUGAGUACCAAAAAUGUUCAUUUAUUUUAUUUGUGACCCAUGUCACAUGCCAUUUUUUGAAAAUAUAGGACCCAAAAAAGAAAUGAUAGUUUUUCUCAAAUUUUUGCUUAAAUCUAACAUGUAAAUUGAUAAUUUGAAGAAAUCAAACAAAUAUUUAUAGUUUGAACUAUUAUUUAGUUAUGAUUUUAAUACAAUAUGAAGUUGGACACAUGUAGUGACUUAAAAAGUAAAUACAAGUCAAAGUUUAAAUAUUCUUGCUUUGCUGGUGGCUUCAAAGGCCAGUACAUAAAGUUAAAAAUUUUUGGAGUAAUCAUGCAAAUAAAAAAAUUAUAGUAAUGUCAUCUUUACAAAACUGCGCAUACAAAUAGACAUACAUUUAAUGUCUCAUUUAAGAAUAACACAAAAUAUUUGAGAUAUAGCAUGAACUAAGCUAAUUUUAGGCCAAAAUUGGAGUUAUUUUUUCUUAAUUUCUAUGCAAUAUAAGCUAAAUAUGCCAAAAUAUAUAUAUAUUGAUAGAAAUAUCAAAAUAUUGUUUUAAUAUUUUUUCUUAGAACGUCAUGAAUAUAUAGUAAUGCACAAACUAUCUAGAAGUUUGGUCUGCAAUGAAAAUUAGGAAGCUAAAGUAACAGUACUCUAAAACUACGGAGUUAUGAAAAUUGUUCAUUUCCUUUUUUAAAAACCUUCCACCAAAAAUUGUGAUUUAUACUACUAGAAUUAAUUAAUAUGUGAUGCAGAAUUUUCCGGUUAGAGGUGACCCAAAAUGAAUACCCAAAACCUAAGGAGCGAACCUCUUUAAGUUGAAGAAAAAUGAGAAAAAACAUACGAGGGAGGCUAGACUCCACAGCCCCCUCCCCUCCCAUGCGACUUGCCUGAAAUAAAAUACUAAUAAAUAAUUAUAAAUGCAGUUCAACCAUAGAGGAAUGAAAAUUUACUUUAUUUUGACAUGUCCCUAUCUAAUAGCCGAGCAGACGAAUUUUAUGAUUCUUGUAUAGUAUUACUCAUUUAAUAUAACAUUUAAAACAUUGUGUACAUAAUAAAUUAAAAGUACUUCCCUAUAUAUACGGCAUUUCCGUUGUAAAGGAUGACAUUUAAGGUGGCUCUAUACACCCACAGUUUAUUCAAAUUUUCAAUAGAAGACCACAAAACAUAUACUUAUCAAAUAUUAAAAUGACGAUAGGGAUACUAUAGGUAUUUUUAAAGAAUUUUUUAAUGUUUUUUCGUGUUUUUGUAAAAUAUUUUUUAAAAAGACAGCUAUCAACAAAUUGAGAGAAAUUAUUGUGUCAUAUGAUGGAUAUUUCCUUCGGACACAUAAAAAAAAAAUAUAACACUUCUUAACAUUCAAAAAUGUUAUUAUUGCAAUUUUUUUUAGU